AUGCCAUAUUUCAACGACAAAACUGUAAAACUUGCCUGUCCCGCCACAAACAUGAACACCACAUGGGUGGGCACUGCUCCGAGUACGGACCCGGAACCGUCGCCGUCUGCGGACUCCGGCGUGGUGGUGACCCAGAUACCUGUUUACACCCUUAACGGAGUGGGGCCGGGGGCAAUACCCUUGACAGUUGGCUGGCAGAAGAUGCGGGUACGUUGCCCGUCCUGCAAGGGCGAGGUGGUCACUAGUCUGCUGACCUCGCCCACCCGGAAGACCCACCUGUGCGCCCUGACCUUGUAUAUCUGCUGCUGCUGGCCUUUUAUAUGUCUGCCGUACUUCUUCAAUUACUGCAAGAAUGUCCAGCACUAUUGUCCCAAUUGUGGGUGUCACAUAGGAUCUUACACCAUUUGAGUAAAGUCUAAACACUGCCAGGAAGUUAAUUACCCAGGAAGCUCGAAGAAAGGAUCUUGUGAA